AUGAGCCAGGCCGCAGACUCGACUCGCAUCGUGGUGGUGGGGAAGACCGGAGUGGGCAAGAGCAGCACGGCCAACACCGUCCUCGGGAAGAAAGUGUUCCGUGUGUUUGCAUCCCCCAAGUCUGGGACUGCGCAGUGUGAGGCCCAUGUCCAGGAGGUGCUGGGGCGGCAGGUGAAGUGGAUCGACACCCCCGGCCUGUUCGACACAGACCGUCCUGAGAAGGAGAUGAAGCAGGAGAUACUGAAGUGCAUCACUGAGUGCCACCCGGGGCCCCACGUGUUCCUCAUCCUGCUGCCUGUGGGUCGAUACACGGCCCACGAGGAGCAGAUGGUGAACAUGCUCAGGACCUACUUCUCUCAGAACAUGCUGCGCUUCUCCAUCCUGCUCUUCACCCACGGAGACGACCUGGACGACGGGCAGAGCAUCCAGGAGUUUGUGUCCGAGAGCCCGAGUCUGAAGGUUGGUUGGUUGGUGGUUGGUUGGUUGGUUGGAUGGUUGGGUGGUUGGUUGGUUGGUUGUUGGUUGGUUGGUUGA